AUGACAAUUGUCACUCCAGUAAUUUACCAGAUUAGAGAAUUAACUCCCCGUGAAAAGGAAUUGAUUAAAGCAUCGGUUCCAAUACUCGAAGAGUCAGGGGAUGUGUUAACUUCUAAGUUUUACAAUCAUAUGCUCACCGAUUUUCCAGAAGUAAAGCCUUUCUUCAACGAAUCCAACCAAAAGACCAUGAAACAACCUAAAAUUUUGGCAUUUGCUUUAUUGCAUUACGCCAAGAAUAUUGAUGACAUAGCUCCACUUACAGCAUUUGUAAAUCAAAUAGUUGUUAAGCAUGUAGGUUUACAAGUUAAACCGGAACAUUAUCCUAUUGUUGGUCAAUGUCUUUUAGAUACAAUGGAGACUUUAUUAGGUCCAGAAAUUGCAACAGAAGAAUUUUUGACUGCAUGGGCAACUGCUUAUGGUAAUUUGGCCCAAAUUUUAAUCAACGCUGAAGCUGAGAAAUAUAAAACAAUGGAAUGGGAUGGAUUCCGUGGAUUCAAAAUUACACGUAUCGAGAAUGAAUCUAGAAACGUCAAGUCUGUUUACUUCAAACCUGCUGAUGGCGGAAAAAUUGCUAUGCCUAAGAGAGGACAAUACGUCUGUAUUAGAUUUAAGUUACCAGACUCUGAUACAGAGAAAAGUAGGGAAUAUUCUCUCUCUCAAUAUCCUAGCUCUGAUGAAUAUCGUAUCUCUGUUCGUUUACUCGAAGGUGGACAGAUUUCCCCAUUUAUACAUAACGGAUUGCAAGUUGGUUCUACUAUCCGUGUUAGCCCCCCAGCAGGUCAAUUCAUAUAUCGUGAAUCUGACGUUGCUAAGCCAGUUGUUUUAUUCGUAGGGGGUAUCGGUAUUACUCCUUUAGUUUCGAUCACUGAAAAGGCUUUAGAAAGUGGCCGUCAGGUGUACAUGCUCAAUUCUAAUAGACAAGUUGAAACCAGACCUUUUGCUAAGUGGUUGCAAGGCUUAAAGGAAAAAUAUGGAGAUAAAUUCAAGCUAAUUGAGUUUAUCUCGAAUGAAUCUGAUUCGGGUCUUCAUGCUAUCGACAAGUUGGAAUCUCGUAGAUUAGCUGCUCAAGAUUUUGACUUUGUUAAACCAAACUUCGAUUAUUACAUGUUAGGUCCUAACCCUUACAUGAAUUUUGUUAAAGGAGAGUUGUUGAAUAGGGGUGUUGAGGAAUCGGAAAUUGCUUCUGAAUUUUUUGGCCCUAUGGAAGUAUAA